AUGAGAAGUCAGUUUCCAUUUAAAGCUGCAGUCCGUAAUUCAAACGGCUGAGGGAUGGGGCUAAGGAAAUUCAAAUCAAAUCGAAUUGUAUUGGUCACAUACACAUUUGUAGCAGAUGCUAUUGCGGGUGUAGAGAAAUGCUUUUGUUCCUAGCUCCAACAGUGCAGUAGUAUCUAACAAUUCACAACAAUACACACCAAUCUAAAAGUAAAACAUUGGAAUUAAGAAAUAUAUAAAUAUUAGGACAAGCAAUGUCAGAGUGGCAUUGACUAAAAUACAGUAGAAUAGAAUACAGUAUAUAAAUAUGAGAUGAGUAAAGCAGUAUGUAAACAUUAUUAAAGUGACUAGUGUUCCAUUAUUAAAGUGAUUCCAUGUCUAUGUAUAUAGGGCAGCAGCCUCUAAGGUGCAGGAUUGAGUAACCGGGUGUUAGCCGGCUAGUGAUGGCUAUUUAACUGUCUGAUGGCCUUGAGAUAGAAGCAGUUUUUCAGUCUCUCGGUCCCAGCUUUGAUGCACCUGUACUUACCUCUUGAAGCUUUCCACAUUCUCCACUGCGGUCCCGUCGAUGUGGAUAGGGGAGUGCUCCCUCUGCUGUUUCCUGAAGUCCACAAUAAGCUCAUUAACUUUUGCUGACGUUGAGGGAGAGGUUAUUUUCCUGGCUCCAGUCCGCCAGGGCCCUCACCUCCUCCCUGUAGGCUGUCUCGUCAUUGUUGGUAAUCAGGCCUACUACUGUUGUGUCGUCCGCAAACUUGAUGAUUGAGUUGGAAGCGUGCGUGGCCGUGCAGUCAUGAGUGAACAGGGAGUACAGGAGGGGGCUGAGCACGCACCACUUGUUGGGCCACUGUGUUGAGGAUCAGCGAAGUGGAGGUGUUGUUUCCUACCUUCACCACCUGGGGGCGGCCCGUCAGGAAGUCCAGGACCCAGUUGCACAAGGCGGGAUUCAGACCCAUGGACCCGAGCUUAAUGAUGAGCUUGGAGGGUACUAUGGUGUUGAAGGCUGAGCUAUAGGUAUUCGUCUUGGUAUUCGUCUUGUCCAGAUGGGAUGGGGUAGUGUGCAGUGCGAUGGCGAUUGCAUCGUCUGUAGAUCUAUUGGGGCAGCAAGCAAUUUGAAGUGGGUCUAGAGCCAGGUAAGGUGGAGGUGAUAUGAUCCUUAAUAAUGAAACAUACACAACCGGCUUUCUUUCUUUAUUCCUGUCUGCGCAAUGUACUGACAACCCAGCUGGCUGUAUGGAUAGGGACAGUAUAUCCGGAGAGAGCCAUGAUUCUGUGAAACAGAGUAUGUUACAGUCCCUGAUGUCUCUCUGGAAGGAGAUCCUCGCCCUGAGCUCGUCUACUUUAUUGAACUGAACAUUAGCGAGUACUAUACUCGGAAGCGGUGGAUUGUGUGCAUGCUUCCUGAGUCGGACUAGAAGUCCACUCUGAAAACCUCUUCUCCGCCGGCGGCGUCUUGGAGCAGCCUCUGGGAUAAGUUCAAUUGCCCUGGGGAGUACAAACAAAGGAUCCAAUUCGGGAAAGACGUAUUCCUGGUCAUAAUGCUGGUGAGUUACCGCCGCUCUGAUAUCCAAAAGUUUUUUAUGGCUGUAUGUAAUAAUACAAAAAACAUUCUGGCUAAUAAUGUAAGAAAUACCACACAAAAAAACAAAAUACUGCAAAGUUGCUUAUGAGCUAGAAGCAGAGCUGCCAUGUCUAUCGGCGUCAUCUUUGGCUCAACAAUGUGUGUCAAAGGGGCAAUCUGGGAUUGCUACAUUAAUUUUUUGACUUAAUUAUAUAUACCCAUUGAAUCUUGAAGAAUAUAACAUAAAUGCCUUAUUUAGCAAAGUCCAAAUGCCGUACCCCAUCAGCAGAAGACCCAUUAAGAUUCUCAGAAUUACUUUUUGGGGAAGAGCGUGCCUGAAAGAACAGUUCUUCUCAGUUUUAUGAUGUCAUAUACUCUGCAAGAGUUCUGAGGAGCUGGUUAGUACUGGUACUGUGUAUCACUUCCUCUUUAAUAUUGAAAUGUGGACAUGCAAGUCUAUGAUGGCAAAGGGAUCUUCCAAUUAAGCAAAGGUCAGACUCAUGAGCCAGGGUGUGGUAUUUACUUGGGAACAAUAUUGAAUAUCUCCAUUACUGUGUUGAAUUCCAAGAAGUAACCUACUUAUGCAUGACUACCAGCUAUCCCAUAUUGCAUUCUCAUUCUACAGACAGGUCAAGUCACAGGAAGACAAGUCACAGGAAGUUGAAAAUGCAUUACAUUUACAUUUACAUUUUAGUCAUUUAGCAGACGCUCUUAUCCAGAGCGACUUACAGUUAGUGAAUACAUUUUUUUUAUAUACUGGCCCCCCGUGGGAAUCAAACCCACAACCCUGGCGUUGCAAACGCCAUGUUCUAUCAACUGAGUUACAUCCCUGCCGGCCAUUCCCUCCCCUACCCUGGACAACGCUGGGCCAAUUGUGCGCACACACUGUUAUGAUAUUUUUGCUCUCGCUCGCUCUCUCUACCCCCCUCUCUCGCUCUCUCCUCCCUCUCCCCCAUCUCUCUCUCUCUGUCUCUCUCUCUCUGUCUCUCUUUCACUUUAUCUCUUUCUCUUUCUCUCUCUCCCUUCUUUCUCUUUCUCUGCAACUUUGAGUGGUCUGCUCAUAAAGUAACAAAGCUACAUGUAUCUGUGAAACACCAUGACCAUUAACCACACAACCAGCAGCAGCUAGGAAACACACGUUCUAAACACAACAUUAUUUUCUUGACGCAAUGGCUUUUUCUGGCCACUCUUCCGUAAAGCCCAGCUCUGUUGAGUGUACAGCUUAAAGUGGUCCUAUGGACAAAUACUCCAAUCUCCGCCGUGGAGCUUUGCAGCUCCUUCAGGGUUAUCUUUGAUCUCUUUGUUGCCUCUCUGAUAUUUUUUUAUAACCCAACCCUGAUCUGUACUUCUCCACAACUUUGUUCCUGACCUGUUUGGAGAGCUCCAUGGACUUCAUGGUGCCGCUUGCUUGGUGGUGCCACUUGCUUAGUGUUGUUGCAGACUAUGUGGGCUUUCAGAACAGGUGAAUAUAUACUGAGAUCAUGUGACAGAUCAUGUGACACUUAGAUUGCACACAGGUGGACUUUAUUUAACUAAUUAUGGGACUUCUGAAGGAAAUUGGUUGCACCAAAUCUUAUUUAGGGGAUCCAUAGCAAAGGGGGUGAAUACAUAUGCACGCACCCCUUUUCCGUUAUAUAAAUUUUUUAGACAAGUAAUUGUUUAAAUUUCACUUCACCAAUUUGGACAAUUUUGUGUAUGUCCAUGACAUGAAAUCCCAAAAAAAAUCAAUUGAAAUUACAGGUUGUAAUGCAACAAAAUAGGAAAAACGCCAAGGGGGGAUAAAUACUUUUGCAAGGCACUGUACCUCUUAUAGAUUCUUAAAUCACAUCCCUAUCUUAACAAAAAUACUUUCUUCAUUUUUCAUAUUACAUGCACAAGUAUUGGAUGGGCACUUCGAAUAUGCAGUGGGUAUACUUUCCAAGUUAAAGUAUUUCCUUUAUAACAUUUUUAAUGACAUCACAAAUAACAAACAAAUUGACAUUCGUUUUCUAUAGAUUGCCUCCGACCAUUCCCCACGUUCUAUAUUAGAAAUAUUGAUCCAGUAUUUGCUUUAGAACGUGUCAGAGUUUCGGCGGGAAAAGUCUGUGGAAACAAAGGCACAUUCCUCUGCAAAACAUUGGAGAGGGAGACCUGAAUCGUCUCUCCUUGAUUUACAAACCGGGCGUCAGCUGUCAAGCCCCCCCCCCCCCCCCCCACCCCCCCCCCCCCCCCCCCCCACCCCCCCCCCCCCCCACCAAUUCCCUCCUCCUCCCCUCUGCAGGUGAGAGGGGGUCUGGUUGAAGUUAUUCAUUGCAAACCUGAUCUGACCUAUUUGGAUCCUCACAGGACAGUCAUGACAAAAUCCAAUCCAUUAUUAUCUAUUGAUUAGGUAAGACUCUGCAUUGCAGUGUAUUAUUGUGUAAUUAUUAAUGUAGGCACACUGUAACAAGUCUUACAGUGUAACAAUGAGCAAUUAAAAGAAUUGCUACACCGUACUUACAUGAAUAAUUACACAGUAAUAAGACCAUUGUAAUAUAGUGUGCAACCAUUGAUUGAUGUCAGAAUAACAUGUGUAUUUGUGUGUUUCAGUUGUGGGUGUUCCUCUGUUCAUCAACAAGAGAGUGGGGGACUCCGUGGAGCUGAUGGCAGGCUUAGAGAGGGGACAUUUCAAAUCAUUGGAGUGGAAGUAUAGGGGAAAGGAUAUUGCAGAAUUCAACUCAGAAGUUGUAUAUUCACCUGGAUCCCAGUUCGAGGGGAGACUAAAGAUGAACACCAAAAACUUCAGUUUAACGGUCAGAGAACUGACACUGCAAGACUCAGGGGAUUUUCUAGUUACAGGCGAAGGGGACAAAGGUCAGAUUGGCGGUAGGACCAUCACUCUGAAGGUCAACGGUAGGCUGUUAUCACCUUUUUGCAUCCUAUUUUGAUAUCAUUCUAAUUUAUAUCCAUGACCAUGGCUGAUGAUCUUUAAACUAUAACGAAGAUUUGUUGGUUUUAUACUGACCUUACUCACCAUGCUUUGAUACAUUUCCAUCACAUUAACAAGUUUGAUCCUCUGUCGUCUUUCACCUGGUGGUAUGGCUAUGGUAGGGAUCAUUUAGAAGACUGAUUAUGUGUCUCUAUCUCUCUCCUGGUUGGUUAGAGCCUAUAUUGAAGGUGGUGAUCCAGACAGACAUCAAGCUAUUGGCCAACCACUCCUGUACGGUGCGGCUGGUGUCCAACGUGUCCUGCUACUCCAACCUUACAUACACCUGGGAGAGAGACAAUGAGAUGUACGGGGACGCCCAGCAGAUUCACUUCUCUCUCUCUCAGCAGCAGAGGGAGACAUCAGUAUAA